GUGGCCCGGCCGCUGCCGGCGCCCAUCGCACGGGGGACCCGGCCGGUCAGCUACUCUCUGGUUUCGCUCAGUCGGGUUCGACGUGGAGCUCGAUGCCGCCCCGGUUCCCUCGCGUGUAGUCUGAGCCCGGGGCUCUGGUUAAGCCCAGCUGACUCCUGGUACCGAGGAGUCUUGCAACUGGGGGAGACCAAGUCAGGUCGCAGGAGGCGGGGCGGUAGGAUCGGGCUUUGUUUCUCUCCCCCCUUGUGCUCCAGGAGCUGCUUCUAAAUCAUUUUGCUCAGCCAUGUCGCCGGCUCCAGCUGUUGCCCAGGCUCCAGCAUCGUUCUCCUUGUUUGACCUCAGCACUGAUGCUCCGGUGCUUCAGGGCCUGAGGCUGGUGAGCCACGCUGCCGGGGAGUCUCAGGCCCAGGCUCUAAGAUCUUCCUGUCCAGAUUCAGAAGAGAGAGCAAGCCCAAAAAGAAAACCUCUGAAUAUUUCAGAGAAGUUAUUUUGCUCAACCUGUGACCAGGCCUUCCAGAAUCACCAAGAACAGAGGGAACAUUACAAGCUCGACUGGCAUCGAUUUAACCUAAAGCAGCGUCUCAAGGACAAACCUCUUCUGUCUGCCCUAGACUUCGAGAAGCAGAGCUCUACAGGAGAUCUUUCCAGCAUCUCAGGAUCAGAAGACUCAGACUCAGCCAGUGAGGAAGACUUACAGAUGCUAGAUGAGGAGAGGCCUGAGUUUGAGAAGUUUAACCGACCCCAAGGCUUCCACCCGCAUCGGGUUCUUUUCCAAAAUGCCCAGGGCCAGUUUCUUUACGUCUAUCGCUGUGUCCUAGGCCCUCGUGAGGUGCCUCCAGAAGAACCAGAAGUGCUGCUUCAGAACCUACAAAGUGGAGGUCCCAGGUGCUGCGUGGUGCUCAUGGCUGCAGCUGGGCACUUUGCUGGUGCCAUUUUCCAAGGAGGAGAAGUGGUGACACACAAAACUUUUCACCGGUACACGGUGCGGGCCAAGCGGGGCACUGCCCAGGGGCUUCGGGAUGCCCGGGGUGGGACUUCUCGCUCUGCUGGAGCCAACCUGAGACGCUACAAUGAAGCCACACUGUUUAAGGAUGUUCGUGACCUGCUGGCAGGGCCAGACUGGGCAAAGGCGCUGGGGGAGGCUGGGACAAUACUGCUUCGUUCACCCCACUCUGGUCGGUCCUUGUUCUUCGGAGGCCCUGGGGCACCCCUGCAACGAGGGGAUCCCCGACUUUGGGAUAUCCCCCUCACUACCCGCAGACCUACCUUCCGAGAAUUACAGCGAGUGCUCCAUAAGCUGACCACCUUGCAUGUCCAUGGAGAAGAUCCCCGAGAGACAGUCAGGUUAGACGAACCUAAGAUCCACUGGAAGACAAUGAGAGAGAGGAAGAAGGCCAUCAAGGAAGAAAGAAAGGUCCCCAGUGGCGAAAAUGAGGUGCCGGAGCAGAAUGAGGAAGCUCCUAAACAGGGUUCAGGGUCAGAGAGAGAGGAUGACUCCCAGGUAGAACUGGAACUAGUGGAGUUGACGCUGGGGACCCUGGAUCUUCGUGAGUUUGAAGUGUUGCCCAAGCGGAAGAGGAGAAAAAGAAAUAAAAGGGAGAGAAGCCAAGACCUGGAGGCUGGGGCACUUGUGACUCCUCCCCAGAAAUCUCAAGACGAUGAGGCCUUCUCACAGUCAGCUGAGGCACAAGCAGCUUCUCUGGGCUCUUUGGAUGAGGCUGGGGCCUCUCGUCAACCAGAGCUCUGGGACAUGCUUCUAGCUGCUUGCCGAGCUGGAGAUGUUGGGAUGCUGAAGCUCCAGCUAGCUGCCAGCCCCACAGAUGCCGGAGUCCAGUCUCUGCUCAAUGCCCCCUUGGGCUCCAGCGGUUUCACACUCCUGCAUGCAGCAGCUGCAGCUGGGAGAGGUGCUGUGGUUCGUCUGCUGCUGGAGGCAGGUGCUGAUCCCACUGUGCAGGACUCCCGAGCCCGGCCACCCUAUGUGGUCGCAGCUGACAGACCUACACGUAAUGAGUUCCGCAGGUUCAUGGAGAAGAGCCCGGAUGCCUGGGACUACAACAAGGCUCAGGUGCCAGGGCCACUCACACCAGAAAUGGAGGCACGGCAGGCCUCGCGGAAACGGGAGCAGAAGGCUGCCCGGCGGCAACGAGAGGAACAGCAGCAAAAGCAGCAGGAGCAGGAGAAGCGAGAACAAGAGGAGCAGCAGCGAUUUUCUGCCCUCAGUGACCGCGAGAAGAGAGCUCUAGCUGCAGAGCGCCGACUGGCUGCCCAGUUGGGAGCCCCUCCCCCAGGGAUCCCCGACCCUGCGAUGAUCAGCAAUGUGCGACGCUGCUGGAGCUGUGGGACAUCCCUCCAAGGCCUCGUUCCCUUUCACUACCUUGACUUCUUGUUCUGCUCCACACGCUGUCUCCAGGAGCAUCGCUGUCGAGCUGGAAAGCCCUCUUCCUGAUCUUACAGAACUACCUGGGGCCAGCUCUAGGUUCUGAGGGCACAUUCACACUGGCCCUAGCUUUCUUCUUCCCCACAAGGCCAGAGAGUGUGUGGAGGGUGAAGAACACCUGGGAGCCAGGGCAAAGUCGGGGCCACAGAAGUAUGUGGAGCUGGUACUGUCUCUGGAACUUUAAUCACAAUAAAGUUUUGCAAGGCAGCUGCGCUUGUACUUACAGUCAGGACUUUUGGCCUUGGGUUCCUUGUGGUCACUGUGGCCCAGCACCAGGGGUCCUGCCGACUCCAUGUCCCAGGACCAAGGGUUACCGAAAUUUCAUUCAGUGCCCACUUAACUCCAUUGAUUCAGGGGUAUUUUGUGUAUCAUCUGAGAGGGAAUAAACAUAUGUCCUGUGCAAGGUGCUAUUGAGGAUAGGCCUAUCCAAGAACUGGAUUUGAGGGUUGGGAGGUGCAUUUUCUAACUCCAGCAAUAUAAUUUUGUUGAGGGCUCCCUGAACAAACAACAGGGGUCUUGGCACAUAGAGGGUCUGUUGUGGCCCCCACUUUGUCCAGUAGCGGCCCAGAUUAAACCCAUUGAUCCAGACUUGGCCCUGGGGAGGCAGGAGGAGAAAGGAAAAGCAAGGGUCAGCUCUCAAGGGGUAUAGUCAGUCCCUUUUUGGUUUCUGAUCAGAUAAAUCAUUUCUGCACCCACCGUCCCACCCUGACCAUCACCAGCAGCAAUACCUUGGUCCAUCCAGGUAAAAAGAGAAAUGUGUCCCCUCCUGAGCCUAAAAUUGGAAAUGUUGUGGAGUAGAAGGUAGGGCCAGAGGGAGUUGGCGGAAUUGGUGUUUUCAGCAACUGGAGGGGAAACCACCACUUUGCGAGCUUAUCAACUUUCAGAGGGUACAUCAGCCACUGGGUAAGGAUUCUUUGCCCCAGAAUUGGAGGCUCUAAGAGGCCCUGUAAAGAAGGCAAAUGGGAACUCAUCAUUCACUAAACUCUUAGGUACAAACUGUCCCUAAUGUAGCCCUGGGAUGCAACUAGUGGCUGUGUCCAGUACCCCACAAACCACUUCUCCUCUGGGGAUUCUAAGGACAUGGCUCCUGUUACCUUCCAUUAGGCCCCAAUUUCCAAGGGAGUUUGGUCAAUAAUGGUGUGGGGCCAGGCGAUGGGCAGAGCUAGCUCACCUUGAAGUCACUGCUGUUAGAUCCAAAACUGAGCCUCCCCAUGUUCUCCAGCAAGACAUCCAGUUUGGCCCCCUUUUGCCCAACCAAAAACAGUUUGUGUUUUGUGUUUCGUUCCAAAACACCGUGAAACACCUGUGGACAAGAGACGGGAUCUCUAAGAGGAAGGGCUCCGCAUCUAGCUCGUGGCCACACAUGAACAGGAAACCAUUAGGACAUUUACUUGGUGGGCAAAGAAAAGUAGCCCAUUUGCCAGUUACCCACCCAUCCUGCAACUGUCCUUAGUCAGACUCUUCACCCCUGCUUAUCCCUGGGCUCCCAGAGGGUAAGGAUGCUCAGGAGGAGGGGAAAUGGCACAGGUAACCUGGGGAGGUUCUCACCCCAUCUACCAUCACGUAGGCACGAUCGUGGACUCCAUUGUUUGGUACCCAGAAUUGUGUUGGCUCAGCAACAGUAUAGGGCAGAGAGGUCCGGUACAACAUAAAGCCACGGUCCUAGUGGGGGAGAAUGAGCACUUAAAUGAACUGAGAGAAAAGAGCAGACUCUGUGGGGAAGAUGUAUAGCUGGAGGGAACUUUGGGCUAUUGGUGUUGAAGGUUGCCAUUACCUACUGGAUGUGGCUUUAUGCUGUACCUGUUUGACAGCCUCAAAGGUCAUUGGCAAGAUUGAACGGAUGGGCCUUUGGGGGCACAGGAGGUCUAGGAAAGCCAGCAAAUCCCCAUUCUAUUAGAAUAAAGAGGAGGUAUCAGAACAGGAGGGAAAUUUCAGAAUAGCAGGCAGGAUUGGAUAGGUAAUUUAGAGAAUAAAGGGGUAAAAUCAGAAAAAAUGGGGGGGAGCUUACCAGGUG